AUUCGGACGUUCCGAAUACAAUAUUUCAAACUUCAAACCAUUGAUCCGCGAUCUUCGGCUAGUAAUUAGUAAUGAUUUUUUAAAUUAAGAACUUGUCUAUUACUUAUUUAGUUUUAAACAUUAUACGACCAGUGACAUUCGGAUUUUUUAUAACGUAAUAAAAUACCAACUAGUGGCAAGUGAACUGUAGUGUGUGCGAAAAUGGAGGACAUAAGCAAAUUAACGAAGAUACCUUCGAAGAACUUCUCCAUCGAAUCAAUUGUCGGUAUCAACGAGCGCAGGUCGCCCGAAAUCGAUAUCGAGACAAACAUAUCCCAGGACUAUUCAGCGAAUAAUUCGCAUUCGGAGGACGAAGACGUUAAGAUUAGGGAUGGGAAAGUCGGUUAUUACUUCCAACAAAAUAGAGUACCGAAUUUUCCGUUUUUCAUGUCUUAUGACAAAAGGGUGGGAUUCCAAAGUGAGCAGGGAGGACAAGAAGAGUUGAAACGGUCGAGUCCUGCGAGUGUCCGGAGCGAGGUGGACAGCGACGGAGUGGAUGAGCGGCCACAUGAAUCCCUGAGUCCACAGUCGGAACAAAUGACAAACACUUCUUCAGCUCCAGACCCUAACAUCAGGAGGUAUCGCACGGCUUUCACGAGAGAGCAGUUGGCGCGACUCGAGAAGGAAUUCAUGAAGGAGAACUACGUCUCGCGACCAAGGAGAUGUGAACUGGCUGCGCAGCUGCAACUACCCGAAUCCACUAUCAAAGUAUGGUUCCAAAACCGAAGGAUGAAGGACAAACGCCAGCGUAUUGCUGUGGCAUGGCCCUACGCUGCAGUUUACAGCGACCCCGCUUUCGCAGCGUCCAUUCUUCAAGCGGCCGCGUCUUCCGUCGGCCUGCCUUACGGGUACCCCUCCCCCGCGUUAAUACCCCCCUUCCACAACCCCCAGUUGUUGCCAGCUGGGUACCCUUAUCCCUACCCGACGUAUCCCCGCUACCCCUACAUCCCACCUACUCCCCCUUCGCCGGUGAAUGCCGAAGCCUCGUCUCUCAGGCCGGCGUAUCCCAAUUUCAAUAUAAAUGUUGAUAAAUAAUUUUUUCACGCUGUGUAGUGUAUAUAGGUAUUUUUAGGUAAUUUAUUAAAUGCUGGUCAUGUUAAGUUUAAGAAAAAAAUAUUUUGAUGAUUGUCUGUUACGUUCUGAAACGGAUAACACUGUUUAGUUUUAAAAGUAAAACUUGGAUUUCAAGAAUAUUAUGGUACAAGAAAUCAUUCGUAAAUGUACCACGGUGUUUUUGGGUUGAAUGAAAUUUAUACUGCAGUGAAGAGUCUAAGUAUAAUGUACGUUUGUAAAAUACUUACCUAGAUUAUGUAAAAUAUUAAAUUUUCAGGUGUUUUAUUGCAGUUAUUUCCAAUACUACAUUGUUUGGAACAAGGAAAUACAAAUAAAAUUCCUUAAAGUUUGAUGUCAUGUAUUUAUAAUUAUUUGGAGGUUAGUGUAUAUAUUUUCGUUUAUAGUGAAUGUUAUAGAAGAAAGACAUUAAUAUGUAAAAUAUUAGAAUAAGUGUGAUCAUUUGUGUUCAUUCCAUUUUGUUAAACUCGAGUUUUUUAUAUUUCGUGUAAUUUUAGAAAUAUUCAAUGUGAUUUUGGAUUGAUUGAUGAUUUAUUUAAAUAUUAUGUAGAUUUAAAUAUUCUUUUGAUUUGUAAUCAAAAGCAUAUUUGUAGAAAAUUUCCACAAAAUCAGUUUAAAAAAUAACUUCUUAACCAAAAUUGUGUAUAGAUCAAAGUUUUUACAAUAAAACAUAAUUAGUGCAAUAUAACUUUCUACUCAUAUCUAAAAUGAGGCUUGGCGGAGACUUGCGACUGGCGUGGAAUUGCUCUGUGGCUAAAAACGUAUUUUAAUAAAUGUUUUAUCAAAGACCAAACUAUUUCUUUCAGCUGCUUUUAAUUGCAAUCUAUAAAAUUCUCCUUAACUUAAUAUAUAGUUCUUUAAAUGCUGUUACAUCGCCUCAUUGGUCUAAUUAUUGUUUAAUAAAAGAGCUUACUAUUAACUUGAAAUUUAGAAUCGAUUUAAUUUGUGCUGUUAUGGCACACUUUAUCUCGUCAUUUGCAAAUCUGUUCUUAGAGAUUAAAAGCAAUCUGAAAUUACGAUUAUAAGUCGCAAGUCCGCAAAUGUAUAAAUAAAUGUUGUACAAUAUUAAAAAUAAGUAUUAGGUUUAGUUAUAUUAGAUUUAUUAACUGUUUACUCGUAUUAUUUAAGGUCAUUGUAAAAAUCACAUUUUAAUUAAC